AUGGCCACGGCGCGCCCCGCCUUCACCGACCUGCCCACCGAGAUCCUCGAGACCGUCUUCCUCGACCUCGACCCGCGCUCCCUGCUGGCCGUCGCCCAAACCAGCCGCCUCGUCAAGCAGCUCUCGGCCGACGCGCCCAUCAUCUGGCGCCACCUGUGCCACACCCACUUCCGCACAUGGGCGCCCCGCCACCGCAUCGCCGCAAAGUUCGCCGGCCCGCUGUCUGACACGGACUGGCGCGCCCUCUUCAUCGAGAAGACGCGCAUAGAGCGGGACACGCGCGUGCUGUUGGGCCAGAUCGUCGGCGCCCAGCACAAGCGCAUACGGCGCAUCAACCAGAUCGCCGCUUUUGGGUAUGACGCGAAAGAGACGCUGCUGCGCGAGUGCGCCUGUCCCGACGACGCCGACGACGUGCUGGCCCGCCGCUACUACGCAAACGCAGUGCUCGAGCGCAUCCACCGCGAGAUCGCCAUCAACGUGUGGAGAGACCUGGGCCAGGGCCUGAGCGUGUCCAUUGACAGAGCCCUCGGCGCAUACGACGUCUUCGCACGUGUCGGCGCGGAUGUCGACAUCGACAUCAUCUCCCAGGACCUGGACCACCUCGUCAACGGCCUGCUCAAGAGCUACCCCCACUUCCGCGACCUGAACACGCGGCGCAAAGCCUCGACGCUGGCCGACUACCUGCGCGACCAGGGCUUCAAGGGCGUACCCGAUACAUCCUACCGCGCCCUGCGCAACUCCUUCAUCGGGCUCGUCGUGCGCUCGCCCACGCACGAGUCCCUGCCCCUCAUCUCCGUCGCCAUCUACUGCGCCCUCGCACGCCGCGUCGGUCUCGACGCCCGCCCCUGCGGCCUCCUCUACCACGUCUACAGCCUGGUCUACGCGCCCAAAAACUACACUCUCGACGGCGCAUACAAACCCACCAGCGCUUCCACCCUCGACGCAAUGUACCUCGACCCCUUCCGCUCCUCGGACGAAGUCCACACCGCCGAUCUCCAGCGCGUACUACGCGACACCGGCGUCCCCACCCACGAGCACACAGCCUUCCUCUCCGCAACCACAACCCGCGAAAUGGUCCUCCGCACCGCGCGCAACAUCAUGAACUCCGUGCAGACAAUCCGCCAAACAGAAGCCGGCGUCUACGGCAUGGGCCCCACGUGGCUAAACGCGUAUCCAGACAUGGACAACUCCUUCUACGCGACAAUCUGGGCCAUGAUCAUGCUCGGCCCCGGCGACGACGCCCCAAAUACCCAAAACAACAGCAGCCAAAUCCGCCGCCGCCAAUACCUGCCUUACCUACUGGAGCACUUCCAGACCCACAACCCCUGGGACGUCGCCCUCCUGCACCAAUACAUCCUCCCUCUCUUCGCAGGCUUGCCGGAAUAUACCCGCCUCCAGCAAUUCGUCGACUCGAUGCUGCAGAUCGACGCCCGCCGCAAGCCUGUCGUGCGCCGCCUCGCUACACCCGCUGCGCGCAACGUCGGCUUCGCGAUCGGCCAGUUGUUCCAGCACAGGCGGUAUAAUUAUGAGGGCGUGGUUAUUGGCUGGGAUGUUGCGUGUGAUGCGGGGGAGGAGUGGAUUCAGAAUAUGGGUGUUGAUCGGCUGAGGGGCGGGAGGUGGCAGGCGUUUUAUCAUGUUCUUGUCUGCGAUAAAUCCAUCCGCUACGUCGCAGAGGAGAAUAUCCGCCCCGUCGCCCCUGAGACGAGCCCCUCGGACGCUAUGCUUAGGCUGGCUGGCCGCCACUUUAAGCGCUGGGAUGCCGCGAGGAGUGUGUUUGUGAGUAAUGUGCGGGAUGAGUAUCCUGAUGACUGA